AUGGCCAUCGCGAGGCCCGUCCGCGCUCUUGCGCUAGCUGUCUUCAUAGUCUGUUGUUUUUUCCUGUACACGAUAUGGCGUCCAGCUUCUGGCGUGCCCAGCAUAAAGACUUCUGCCGACUUCCACGGUACCAUCGAAAGGGAUCCUAAUUUAGAUCCCACAGGAGAGCCCGAAGGUAAACUCGUACGCGCAAUGGAAGGGGGGUACGCCCCCGGCAUCGCUGGCACCUCGAGAAUCAAUGCGACAAUCCUUACGCUGGUACGAAACGAGGAGCUAGAUGGAAUAUUGCAGUCGAUGCAGGACUUGGAACGAACCUGGAACUCCAAAUUCAAUUAUCCGUGGACAUUCUUUAACGACGUCCCCUUUACCGAGGAAUUCAAGCGAAGGACACGAGCGGCGACCAAGGCUGAAACGCGAUAUGAACUUAUCCCGAAUGAGCACUGGGAUACACCGUCUUGGAUCAAUGACGACUUGUACAAGGAAUCAGUUAAGAUUCUCGAGGAGAAUGAAGUUCAAUAUGCUGACAAAAUCUCGUACCACAAGAUGUGUCGAUGGAACAGUGGACUGUUCUACAAGCAUCCCGCGCUAAAAGACAUGCAGUACUACUGGCGUGUCGAACCCAAUGUCCAUUUCUUCUGCGACGUGGACUAUGACGUAUUUCGUUACAUGCAGGACAACAACAAGACGUACGGUUUCACUAUCACCCUCUAUGAUGCUCCCAAAUCGAUCCCAACUCUGUGGCCGGAGACGACUAAAUUCAUCACGCAACAUCCCGAAUAUCUACACGAGAACAGGGCCGAGCAGUGGUUGACUGAUAAACAACGGCGUCCUAUCCACUGGGAACAGGCAAAUGGUUAUUCGACAUGCCACUUCUGGACCAACUUCGAGAUCGCGGAUAUGAAUUUUUGGCGAAGCCAGGCAUAUGAGGACUAUUUCAACCACUUAGAUCGUGCUGGUGGCUUCUUCUAUGAAAGAUGGGGUGAUGCGCCUGUGCACAGUAUAGCACUUGGUCUGUUCGAGGACAAGAGCAAGGUCCAUUGGUUCCGCGACAUCGGAUACCAGCAUAUUCCUUUCUUUAACUGCCCCAACUCGCCGAAAUGUAGAGGCUGCGUUACCGGUCGUUUAACCGAUGGUGAGAACUGGUUGCAUAAAGAAGACUGCCGACCUAACUGGUUCAAAGUCGCUGGAAUGGGUUGA